AGGAAGAGGACAUGGCCGAGAACACAAACACUUCCUUCUAAGAUAGAUACGCUGGUAUCUUGGAUUCGUAGUUGGUAAAUCGUCAUCAUGACGAGUUUUACUUCCUUGCAAUGUUAUCUUAUACACACACACACAUAAACGCAUAUAUAUAAUUUAGUUUUUCACAAUAUAUGCCAGCACAAGAGCGUAUGUCGUUGUAAGUGCCUAGAUCCGCGAGGUGCACUAACGAGAUGGAUAUAUUAUUGUAUGUUGCACUAUGGAGUACCAGCAUAUUGUGUGUAAUUGUAACGGCCCUACCAUACCCUGAACGAUCACAAAUACAACUGUGUGCUGACGGUUGUUCAUGUACCAACCACAUCGCCAACUGUUCCGGAAUACACAGUGCCUACAUUCCAGCAUUGCCUUCGGACAUCACAACAAUCCUGUAUACUCACAGUACACUUAAUACUGUCUCGAAGAACACAUUUAAAAACGUUAAACAUCUGGAAAUCCGCAACCUCGAUAUAAGCUACUGUGUCAUAGAUGAUAUCAGUGAAGACGCUUUCUCGGAAUUAAAAUACUUAAUUGGAUUAGUUAUAAGAGGUGUAGGCUUGUCCGAUUUUUCCGUGGCAAGACCAUUAUUCAACAUUACAACCCUGGAUAUAUCUGAUAAUAAUUUUCAAGAAAACUAUAUCGCACAAGUUUCGAAUAUGUUUCCAAAGUUGAGUUCUCUCAUCGCCGAUGACAACCAGAUUCGAAAGAUAUCGUUUCAAAACAUAUCUGAAACAUUAAAGACACUAUCCCUCAGAGGUAACGAGUUAACGAACCUAGAUUUGUCUUGUCCGUCUGGGGGGAAAUACGCUUUGGAAUCGUUGGACGUAUCAAAGAACUUCCUCACCGACUUAUUAGAAUUUCACACGAAUGGUCAUUGUUUUCCGAAUUUAAGUAUAUUGGUUUUGGAUUACCUGCCACUUCGAGACAUCCAAAAUUUCACCUUUGCAAAUCUUACAUCACUGAGGAAACUCUCGAUGGAUUUUAUCGGUCGUCUCCAGAGUAUAGAACUAAUGGCAUUUAGUCAUCCAUCACUGGAAAUGAUACUUGUAGGAAGUGCACAGAGUUUCCAACUCGGCAAAGAUUCGAUGAACUUAUUUCAGAAUACACCCAACCUUACAAACCUCACAACUAUUCAGCUCAAAAUUCCAGACUACAACACUGAAUAUCUAAGAAACUUUAUCGCUCCUUUGAAAAAUCUCCGGAAUCUCACCUUGAAGUUUGCAGGUAUAAGCAAUCUGCCUGAAAGAUUUCUGGAACACGCUCCAAACCUAACAUCCCUCACUCUUAUUGGAAAUCUCUUUAGCAAAUGGGAUAACAAUAUAUUCCCCUCUUCAAAUUCGCUGCGUUAUAUCGACUUUGGCUUGAAUCACAUCACAGACAUUAAUGCCGACUCCUUUCCGACACGUAUAUGGAACAAUCUGUUAAUGCUGGACCUCUCUCACAACCCAUUUGUCUGUUCCUGUUCGUUGUUCUGGUUCAGACGGAAAUGGAUCCCUGAAAACAAGGCGAUUCUAAGACAAUACCCAGACAUGUACUACUGUGAAUCGCCACAGGAAAUGAGAAGUCGACUGGUGGAUCAGUAUAACCCUAGUGCCAUGGAAUGUCUACAUCCGUUAGUAGUGAUGGCUGUUGUUUUAUCUGUGUGUCUCCUUGUGAUCAUAGUUAUAGGGGCUCUGCUCUACAAAUAUAGAUGGCACAUAAGGUAUUAUGUGUACCUGUGUUGUGUACGAAGGGGAUACAAGAGAAUAUCAGAGGAGGAUAAUUUUCAUUUUGAUGCGUUUGUGGCUUACAAUAGUGACGAUCGAACAUGGGUGUUGACAAAACUGAUGCCAUUCCUUGAAAAACAACAGAAAUUCAGACUUUGUUUACACGACAGGGAUUUUGAUCCCGGGAAAUUAAUUGCAGACAAUAUUGUUGAAAAUAUGCGAAAAAGUAGGAAGUUGAUUUUGAUUCUGUCGAAUUCGUUUACCUCCAAUGAGUGGUGUAAAUUUGAGUUGUUGAUGGCUCAGAGUAGGUUUCUUGAGGAAGGACCUUCGACUCUUAUACUGGUAAUGCUGGAGAGAGUUUCUGUACAUCAGAUGUCAGAACCACUUAGUGUCCUUCUUCAGCAUAAGUCUACGAUUGAGUGGACAAAUGAUCUGACUGGGCGUAACCUGUUUUGGAAUGAAUUACUAAGCUCCAUCAAUUAAAACAAAUGAGUUAAGAACAUAAAAACUCUUUGUUAAAGGAAUGGCUUGACAAUACUAUUUUCCGUUGUAUAUACAUAUUUUUUUUCAUUAUCAUUCAACCAACAUUAAUAUAUUAUUGAGCAGUGUUAAGAUUAAGUUACAUCCAAACAAGAGGUGUUUCCAUAUAUAGCUUAAUGUAUUAAAAUAUGCAUAGAAAAUAAAUCCAAUUUGGACAAGUACUAUC